UAUAUUUUUAAAGAAACUAAAUUAAAAUGAUUGCUAUAUUUUUUAUGUUGAUAUGGAAGAAUUUUAAGAAACAAAACCACCAUACUGUGAUUUUCAUAAUGUCUAUUUUUGUGCCUAUGCUUGCGGCCGUGAUACCUUUAGUGUCUCCGUAUUAUAGUGAUCCAAGUAUUAUAGAUAAUCCCACAAAGGUCGUAGAGAUGAGUUUUGAUUUCAAUUGGAAAUCGCUAAUUGGAAAAAUUAAUGAUCGACGAGAGCGGAUGCUGAAGGCACAGAUGAACUUUAAGGCCAAUGUCUUCAUUCCGCAAAUAAGGGUGGCAUAUGCAAACAGUUCGCAUGUAGGCUUACGUAAACUUAUGGAAACUGCAUUGGGAAAUCUUGGCAUUAAUGAAAGUCAAACUUAUGGAUUUGAAAAUUGCGAUGUUAUGCGCACCAACGCUACCUUUGAGCACUAUAUAGCCAGCGUUUGUUUUCACAAUGAGCACGGGGAUGAGUCCAAAAAUGGCCUGCCCCAAAUGCUUUAUUUUUCCAUUAUCCUGCCCUCCGAGGUGCGCAACUAUGAGCACUCUUGGUUAGGUAAGACCUGGAAGCAAAGCAACCCCACCAUUGGGACCCAUGUAUCGAGGAGUGUGGCAGAAAUCGGUGACGAUGGCUCCAUGGAAUACUUGCAGGAGGGCUUUGUCCCGCUCCAGUACUAUAUUAGUACCGAAUAUGUACGGAUGGCUUCCAAAGGUGCAAAAAUGCCAACUCCUAGAUUGCGUCCCAUGAAUUCAGAUAAACUUAUCAAUAAUGAUGCAUUCUCCGAAUCUUCAGUCACUACAGCUAAAAUAAUAAUGGUGCUUGGGUUUAUGUUUCCGGUGGUUAUACUAGUUAAGCUCAUAGUGGAGGAGCACGAGUUGGGACAGUGCUUUGUGCUGGAGGUGAAUAAUGCCGGUAAAUGUUUACAAGUCACUGCUUGGUUUUGCAAUGCAAGCAUACAGCUGCUGAUAACUUCCUUCUGUCUUGGAGUAUUGAUUAUGUAUACUUCAACUUCGAUUCCCAUGUCUGAACUGUUCUAUACGGUUCCCUUUUUUGCCUCAUACAGCAUCUCUGUGGCCAGUUUUAUCAUCUUUUUAUCCGCCAUAAUACGUAGUACAAAUUUGGCAUUGGUUUUGGUACCCAUUAUUUGGUUUCUUUUGCCGUUUCCUUUUUUGUUCACAGAACAGCUCAAGUUUGAAUCGUCUUUUCUUUUAUAUUUGCUAGCCACCUUUCUUAUGUGUAAUGUCACCCUCAGCCGAGGACUAAGCCUACUGUUUGAAGACCAUACGAGCACUAAAUUCGCAAGAAAAAAACUUCUAACAGAUGAUAAUUUUAUAAAUCUUACAUUUCCUGCCCUUAUUGGGAUCUUUUUCCUACAGGCAGUAAUUUAUAGCCUAUUGGUACCCAUAAUUCAGGUUCCUGAAUGGGUGCUUUUCUGGCGUUUCUUGAAAAGCAUUCCCAGAAAAUGCAGAUUGUGUUGCCGAAGAAAGAAACGGAGGCAUUUUAAAGAAAACUUUCUGAACUUAAACACAAUGUUUCAAGAGGAAUCCAGAGGUAUAAUGAAGGAUAUUAAAUCAGCCAUCACCAUUGAUUUGGGGCUUACAAGCACUAAAAACGCCACCAAUAAGCCGGUAAAAGCUCGUGUGCUAGAAAAUGUAAUCAGAGAAGCAGGUAUAGAAUUUCGACGUGUGUCCAAGAAAUUUUUGAAAACGUAUGUGAUUCAAAAGUUCACACUAAGUGUGUUUCCGGGAGAAGUUGUAGUCCUAUUGGGUCACAAUUCGUCGGGGAAGACGACAAUUAUGAGAAUGAUACGUGGCGUGAUACUGCCGUCGUUUGGCGAGAUCUACAUAUCUGGCAUUAAUACCGUCACGAAUAAUUUAUAUUUUAACAAGAGGUCCCAAAAGCAUGUCGGAAUCUCUCUGACCUACAUUGCAUUAUUCGUCGAGCUUACCGUGUCCGAUCUUCUGGUGUUCUUCAGCAGACUGCGCGGCCUUAGGAAGUUUGAGGCCCGGGAGGAAGUAGAAUCCUAUCUGCAAUCCCUGAAAAUGGAGUAUAUGAAAAAUAUUCUAGUGGGUAAUUUGAGCAUUGGACAGAAGCGAAUUGUGCAAUCGAUAUGUGCCUUUGUUGGUCGAACCGAGAUAGUCGUUCUUCACAAACCCUUGGACGGUGUAGAUGGGGCCACGGCCACUCUGUUUUUUAGCUUUGUUCAGCGAGAGAAGAAAAAUCGUAGUAUUUUUGUCACCACGAAUCGCUCGAAGGUAGCAAGUUUCCUGGGUGACCGCAUUGGGAUUCUGGUGCAGGGUCGUCUUUUGUUCCUUGGAACAGAAAGAGAGUUGGGCGAUGAAUACAAUGAUGUCUAUCGAUUGACCAUCUAUGGUAAUGCAAACUGUGAUUUUGACGAAAUUCAAAUGUUUUUGGAAGACUUUACAACCACUGGGGUUGAGAUGGAGUCCAGAAUGGCCGACUUGGCAGUUUAUCUUAUAAAUAGAGUAGACUUUCCUGGAUUGAUUAAGUUGCUUGAUAACCUACCAAGGAAGAAGGUGGAGUUAAAAAUAGAUAGCUUUAAAAUUCAGGAAUGCAGCCUUGAUCAGAUCCUCAUUAAUUGGUUUACACCGGAGCCGUUUGAAUUUGCUCUUCAGGAAAUGGAGCCAGAACAUCUAAAACUUAGAAGCAAAUAUGACUCAUUGAAGAGAUUUCUGAGAUUAGUUUCGCAAUUUUUAAUUGUUUUCCGCCAUCGUGCGUUAAUUGAUGUAUAUAACUCGCACUUUCUAAUUAUCAAGAUUAUCCUGCCCAUGUUCAUGACCCUGUGGCUGGGGAUUUGUAUUGCACACCAUCCGUCCAAUGUCCUGUCGCAGGGGAAUAAAGUCUUUCCCCUUGCUAAUCGUGAAGAUAGUGGCAUCACUCUAGCACAAAUAGGAUCACCGUUAGGCACUAAUGGUCCACUGAAAGCAGCCUACGAUGAAUUCAUAACAACCGGAGCCAAGGAAGUUGAUGCUGACCUGGACAUCACAGAUAUGGAACAGAUGCGCCAAAGCUAUGGGAUACUCGAAGACGAGAAGAUUCUGGGAACAGUCUUGUUCAAAGCGGACGAGGUCGAGGCUCUUUACAACAACAGGUGGGGUUACGCAGCACCCCAUAGUCUGGGACUUGUGAUGAACUCCCUAGCCGUGGGCUUUGUUGGUCCUGAUUCGGGAAUAAAGGCGGAAAUGGAGACGCUGCCCUUUUCGACAACACAUCGGUACAACAAUCUGCACAAUGUACCCCUGCUGACCAUCAGCGUGGUAUGCUUCAGUUUCUGCUUUUGCUGGACCAUGCCCUUGUUGUACAUGAACCUUAGCCAAAAAGUUCGCUUUAACUAUAUAGAGUUGAUUGCUGGAAUGCGGCUGAGCCUGCUUGCCAGUGCCAUAUUGCUCUAUGAGCUACUUGUGUUUGCGUUUGCCUUUGUCACCUUGCACCUGGUCAUCAUUAUUUUAGGGAUGGACUCUGUGAUGUACGGUGAUUUUUGUUUGAUAUAUACACACGUCGUAAUGUUGGUGGCCCUGUGUGUCCUCAGCACAAACAUACUGAUAUCUCUUGGAUCAACGGUUACCCAGAAUGCUUACCUAUUGGUCCUGACAUUUCACACAGUGGGCGUGAUCGGUUACUUGCUUGUAAGACAGUUUUCAAAAACAUCCAUUAGGUAUAUAUAUAUAUUUAUGGACUUUUAUCCGCUUUUCUCCAUGAUGGAUCAUCUAAUGACCGUGGCUAAUGUAUCGGAGACUAAAUGGCUCUGUCGUGAUAUUCAGAUUUAUGAGACCAGUGUCUACGUGGACAAGUGCACUACCAAACCAAAUUGUUGUCAUGAUCCAAAAGAUGAGUACUAUCACCAUCGCUACGUAGCCUGCAACUACAUAUAUUUAGUCAUUAUAUUGAUCUUAAUUUCGUUUCGCAUAAAAUCAUCAUUACCCAAAAUUAAAUCGCGACACGGAAAUUACUUGUGGGACAGUGAUGCUGAUAGUUACAAGGAUCAGAAAAUCCUACAUUUUGGCCAACCCUCUGAUUUGGAAAAUACUUGGAUAAAAGAAAAGUCACGGGUUCGGACCCUGGAACGAUCCUUGAUAUGGAGUAGGAGUCUCCAUGUGGGGCAUUUGAGUGUAUUAUUUGACAAGUUUGUGGCACUAGACAAAAUCAAUUUUAUGCUCGAUAGGUACCAAGUCCUAAGCUUGUAUGGACCAAAUGGAUCGGGUAAAACGGUUCUGACCAAAUCCAUUCUGGGCUUUUACGCUCCCAACACAGGUCGCGUGGAUAGCCCGAAUAGGAUGCCGUAUCAGAGAUACAAGUCGCAAAUCGGCAAUCUUGCUGGCUAUAGUGCUCAAGAGGUUUUCCUGAUGCAGGAGCUAACGAUAUUGGAAGUUCUGCGUUUGGUACUGCAUAUACGUCACUGGCUAAAGGACAAACAGCUCAAAUAUGAGGCGACGACGAUAUGCAAAAUCCUAAACCUAUACGACUAUCGGCAUAAUAUUCUUUCGACCUGCAGUCAGGGUGUACUAAAGCGAUUAAGCAUCGCCCUUGCCCUCAUGACCAAUACCGAUCUGAUCCUGUUGGACGACCCCUUUGCCAACCUGGAUGUGAUUACACUGCACACUGUACUCCACUCCAUACAGGAUGCCUGCAGACAUGGCCUCUGCAUCAUCUAUACGUGUUCCGAUGCAGAUUUCUCGGCGCCUGCGCAGCGUUUGGCGGCGAUUAGUCGGAGCGCCUUGAUCGGUAUCGGUGAACGCCAUGAGUUAACCCAGAAUUACUACUCAACAUACUAUAUUGUCGAGACCAAAAUCAAUAUGCCCAACAUCGAUGCUUUGAUAAGGAUGGAACUGGAGGAAGACGAGAAUGAUGUGGAAUCGGCAAGCGAGAGGAGGCAGACACAGAUAUUUUUAGGUGUGAGUACCUUUGUAAUGCGCAUAUUUCCGAAGGCCAUUCUCAAUCCCAGUUCAGUAAGCUAUCCAAGGAUCGGCUUUUGGCUGUCCAGUCAAAUUUAUUCCGUGUCGCAAAUAUUUCAAAAACUUCAUAGAUACCAAGAUAACUUUUAUUCAUUUACCAUUGCCCAGCCAUCAGUUAGUACCCUAUUUCAUCAGAAUUCACCAGAGGAGGAGAGGCCAAGGAAUUAAAUACUUAAAUUAUUAUUAUAUUAUAAAUAAAGCUACAUAUACACUAAU